CCAAUGGAACAUUGGAUAACAUUUUGUACACCGCCUCGCCCUUUGCCCUUCGCAUUUAAAGAUGGCGGCCUCCAUGAGCAACUAGCAUGACUAACUGCGCCGCGUUUUACGCACGGACAAAUGUCUCUUUUAAAACGUUCACGCAUGAAAAUGAAAUUUAAAACUUGAAAGAUCUAACAUAUUGUCCAAAAUGGCGCAUAGUUAUUCAUCUAAAGAGCGUACCAGCGAUGUUUUAAACGAAGAAAAUGUAAACAUUGAUUUCGCAUCGUUGCUCCUGUCAUGUGACGUGUUGAGCGGUUUGUCGCGGGCGGGAUUUGAGCGGCCGUCUCCGAUACAGUUGAAAGCAAUACCACUGGGGCGAUGUGGGCUAGAUAUGAUCGUCCAAGCCAAGUCCGGGACAGGGAAGACCUGCGUCUUCAGUGUCAUCAUCCUGGAAAGUCUGGAUCUUCAGUGCUCCGGCGUACAAGCUCUCGUCCUGACGCCGACUCGGGAGAUUGCCACACAGGUGCAAGGAGUAAUCCAGUCCAUAGGAAUUGCCAUGCAGGGCUUGCGAUGCCACACGUUCAUCGGCGGGACGCUGUUUGGGCCUGACCGUCAGAAGCUGAAGAAAUGCCACGUGGCAGUAGGAACCCCAGGUCGUGUGAAGCAGCUGAUUGAGUAUGACGUCAUGCACACGGACAGCAUCCGGCUAUUCAUCCUGGAUGAGGCAGACAAGCUUCUGGAGGAGAAAUUCCAAGAUCAGAUUAAUUGGAUAUACAACCGGUUGCCUGUCAACAAGCAGAUGCUUGCCCUGUCCGCUACCUACCCAGAGGCACUGGCGAAGGGACUGACCUCCUACAUGAGAGAUCCAACGUUCGUCAGACUAAACCCUCGGAGAGUGGCACUAAAAGGAAUCAAGCAGUUCUACAAGGUUGUCCCCAGUCAUGGGUUAUAUCACAAGGCCUUUGAGGUCAAAGUGGAACACCUGCUGCAGCUGUUGAGGCAGGUGUCAUUCAGCCAGUGUCUAGUCUUCUCCAAUCUCUCCAGCAGAGCUCAGAAUCUGUCGGAUAUCUUGUGUGAGCGUGGCUGGCCAAGUACAUGCAUUUCAGGCAGUCAGGAUCAGUCGCAACGACACAGCGCCAUGUCCAUGCUGAAGACCUUCAAGUGCCGCGUGCUGAUAUCGACUGACCUGACUGCCCGGGGCAUAGAUGCUGAGAACGUAAACCUCAUCAUCAACCUAGACGUUCCCUCCGACGGCAAGACUUACAUGCAUCGCAUAGGGAGGGCGGGUCGGUUUGGCAGUAAGGGUGUAGCGGUGACAUUUGCUAGCGAGGGCAAUGAGGAAGCCUUGCUGAGAAACAUCCAAAGGCAGAGUCAUGUUAGCCUUCAACAUCUGCCAGAUCCAGUUCCAUCAGAUUUGGUGAAUUUGGUCAACGUCGACCUUAACUGUUCAGACAGUGAAGAGGAAUCUUCUUCGUUGCUUGAUUACGAUGAUAGUGCCCAAGAUAAUCCAGAUGAUGAUCCAGAGGUUUACACUCAGGCAUUGAGAGAACAGCGUGAAUCGAGCAUCCGAGAAAACAUAGAGGUGGUUGAGGAGCAAUCUUCUUGUAAAACUAUUGUGGACAUACUUCAAAGGACCACAAGGCUGAGGUCAAAUCAUGUGUCGCAGGUCAACGCACGAGGGGAUUCCAUCUCACAUGUCCUCCACCCAACAGUCUGGGAUAAAUCUUGCCAAGUUGAUACCCUGAGCCUGCCUUUCAAGAUGCAUAAACCUACUGACUUCAAGAUUCCCUCUCUCGCAGAGAAGUUUAAUGCAAGGAGGGGAGAGGAGAUGUGGACAUGGGAGAAGGCUGCAAAGGAUUUUGAGAAUUUCAUGAAUGGGUCAUCAGAACCUGUUGAUGUGCAACCGGAAGACUUCAGAGAUGCAGGCAAAGAUGAAAAUGGAGCACCGCAGACUUCUGAGGAAACAUUUUGUUUUGCUGAAAAUGAUGCUGCAAUUUAUAAGCUUGAAGAUAGACAAAGAACUGCUCCAGCUGAUGAAGAUACAGGUUCUGUGGCUCCAGAACAACCUGUAAAUUGCAUUGACGGAGAAAACCUGGACGAGCCUGACCAAAUCGAAACCGAUAGCUUACCGAGACCUGAACCAGAGAAUCCCAUUAGUGGUAUCUCUGACACUGGCAGAAACACAACAGAUAACAGUAAUGACUUAAGUUGCAAGGAGGAAGUCAAGGAGGUGACUGCUUCUUCAGAUUUCAACCUCACCCCGGAAAGAGUGACGAUAAAAACGUCUCCGGUUGCACUCUCUCAUGAGGAUCAAAGCAGAGAGGUAACUAGCAAGGGAAAAAUCAGCACAACAGACUCUAAUGACACAGACAAACGAGAACGGGGAUCCAAUUUGAAACUCAACACGGAAUACGAGGUAGCGUUUUCGUGGAGACCAUCUCAGAAUUUCUUCAAUGAGCUCUUGACUGACGACAUGACAAGAUUAGAGAUUCCGGAAAACAGGAGCAAUGAUGAUGAUGACACUGUCCUUGAAAGUGUGAACCCUGAUGCUGACACCUGUGCCACAGGGGUUAGAUCAAGUGAUUCUCUGAAUGAUGUCAGGGGUGAUAAUGCCAUAAAGGAUAUUGCGAGGAGCAAGGAAUUAAGAAAAUCCUCGCCUGCAAGGUCUAAGAAAGUCCCACAAGAUGAAAAGAGACUGUCAAAAGCCACAAAGGCUAUAACAGAAUCUAAGCAAUGUGGUGGAGCAACAUCUUCAUCAGAGCAACAAGAGUAUCACCAAAGUGGAAAUGAUAAGCCUUCAGCAGCUCUGCAAAUGCACAAUUCUGGGCGGAGAAAUGCCAGAAAAGCUGCCCAUGACUUGCGAGCUCUAGAACCUCGCAAUAGCUCGACUGGACUGCUACGGACAAAUGCUUUGGUCUCCAACAGACAACCGCAGAAGGAGGCAAGUCGACCAGGUGAGGAUCCCAUUUGGCUGUCUUACACAAAUUACUUGAAAACUGAAGAUGCACAAGGCGAUGAUGACACAGAUAGCUGUGACGAGUCGGAUGAUUCCGAUACAGGUAGCACCAGGACAUCAGAUGAUCAAGAAAGUUCAGAUGAUUGUAUAGGCGAUUCUGUGCCUGGUGCAAACCAGAACUCUGAGGAAUGGAACCCUGAUCCUGAAACCACUGCUCAACAUUACGGCUGGGUACACUCACCAUAUGAUCCUUUUGCAUACGGUAGUUGGUAUGGGGUACCAGACUAUAUUCCAACUACCACCACGAUCUCACCUAAUCCAUUAAAUCAAGAUUAUCCUUCACAAUUUGGAUUAAGUGAUUAUCACAAAUCUGCAUACAGUGGACAGUACACAUACUGGCCUUAUGCUUACUUUUAAAUCUUAAGACCACACUGAUUUACCUGCCUGCAUACACUUGCAUCUACCAAACCAUUUACAAUAUAGAUCAAGCUGGUUUUGUUUUUAUUGUUACGGACCUGUAUUGUAUAAUGCUUUCUUUGCCCACAAUUCGGCUUUUUUUGCUAACCACGGGUUAGAAAACUGUGCACGGUCAACAAUGCAAGAACAAAGAAUAGUUAGUUAAUGUUUCAAAACAUAUCAUUGGAUCGUUGAAAAUACAAAAUAACCAACACACGCUACCAAAGAUUUAAUAAAAAAGCCCCUUUCUUACAUUAUCAGGGUGUUGAUAUGCCAUUUUUUGGCAAAAUCUGUUGCAAACCACAGCAUAAAAUGUAUGCCCUUGUAGCAGCCCAUACAAAAUAGCGCUCACUGUUUGCAACAAAAGAAAGGUCAAUAGCAAUGAUGCAUUUAGAACCUUGAGCAAAGUUGUUUUGUUAUUAUCAAACUUUAACAGCCCAAGAUCGAGUAAAAAAUGAGGAAUAUAAAUUGUAAAAGCUCACUGUAUAUUGAAGUUUUUCAAAUUCAGUUCUGGUAUCGGGGAGUAUGAUUUAUUUUUGACUGGCUGUUUCAAACAUAUUUGAAGCUUCAAUCAAGAUUUGAAAUUGAAUGAAACAUUAUGUCCAGUCAAAUGGUCUUUGCUUAGUUCUGGUGGGCUGUUGUUCUAAAUAUUUUUUUUAAUUUUUAUCUGAAAAAAACCCCAAAAUACCAAACACACCAUUCAACUUAGCAGCCACACAUUUUAUUUCUAUUUAAAUCAGUUGCAUUGUUGAGUAAAAGACAAUGAGAUAAUGCAAAAUCCAAAAUAUAUCAAAGAAACAAUUUUAAUUUAAGAUCUAAGAUCUAAUUUUUGUAAUAAAAGUUACACACACUUUGCAUAGCAGAGGACUAAUUAACACGAAUUAACAUUACUUGUUACUAACGAAUUAACAUGAUUGCAUAUUAUCUAUAAUGGAAAACACAUAGCUAAAAAUGGUAUUAGAUAUCAGCUCAUAUUUUCUGAAGAUUAAUCCCACUUGUAUUUUUUCAUAUAAUUAAAACCUUUGAAGGAAUUUAAAAUAAUUUAAAAUUCUUGCACUUUUUGAGCUUUUUGUUCCACCUGGAAAGACUGGGUUUUCACACAAAUAGAACCUUGCAUUGAAAUGAGCCUUGGCACUAUACAAAGGUACAAUAAAUAUCAAGCUGAAAUUUAUAUAGGAAUGUCAAAUGAACAAUUUUCUGUUAAAACAAUGAGUUAUAUCAAUGCACACCUACUUGGUUGGUUCUUCUCCUAAAUACUCCGCGGGGGAGUUUUAACAGGAGGCCAGAAAAACUGGGGCAAACCCCUUCUCUUAGCGAAAAGUGUUACUGGAUUCCUUUACGUGCAUUGCAUAACACAACACACGGGACCUACGGCUUUACGUCCCAUCUGAAGGACGAAGCAAUAAUGGUUAAGUGCCUUGCUUAAGGGCACAAGUGUCCAGACCCGGGCUUGAACCCACAUUCUGCUGCCUCUGAAACACCAGAGCAUGAGUCUGGUGCGGUGCUCUUAUCAGCUAGGCCAUGACACUCUACAAAUUAACUGAAGAUAUUUCCUGCUCUUCCUUAGCUUACCUGUACAUGAACAUUCUGCAAGUUUCCUCACAUCUGUGAAAUUAAAGACACGGCACUGCCAAUACCUACAUCUUAGAAACUAUUGUGAAGACUUACUUGCCAGGUUGGUGGAGGUUCGGCUGAAAGAAUGAAGUACAAAAGGUACUUUAUCCGAACAUUUUGGUUGUGGGAGAGUUUUUCUACUGACAUUUUAUCGGAAGUGCAUUCUAAGCAUUGCUCAACAGGAGAGUUUAUAAAAUUGUGUUCUCUUACAGAUUAUAGUAAGUUAAAUUUACAGAUUUAAUUGAAGUUAAGAAAGAUUUGUAACUGUAUGGUUGUAGUAAGAACUAGUGAAGGUUUGCGGUAACAACACGUAGAAAUCUCUUUGGGGAACGUGUGGUUGUGAAAAGAGAUUUCUACAUGGUGUCACCGCAAACUGUCACUAGUUUAUUGAAGUUGAAAUUCACAUGGUUAUAUGUGGUUAUGGUGGUUACAAUGGUUAUAUUAUUUUCCCAAAUAAAACAGUGCAGCUAUAAAG